AUCUUGACGUUCAUCGUCCAGAUAGAGAGGACGAGGGCUGCCGCUGCGCCGUCCUUUGGUCUCUUUUCUUUGUUGAUGUUGUGUGCACUUAUCAAAAUAGACAACACAUUUUUGCACCAUGCAUCGUGGUUGUUUUAACAGUUUAGCAACUUGCUACAUUGGGUGAAUUGGCGUUAUCUUAAACUUUUUUGCCUAACCGCUAACUUCUCCAGACGGAACGAUGAUCUGAGCGGAUUCGGACUUAAUCUGUGUUUUUCCACUUUAUCUGAAGGACCACGGGGAGCGAUCAUGAAUCUGUGUCACCGUCUGAAACUACGAGGGGUUGUUUACAGCAGGAAGAGAGGUGGAAAUGACACUCUGCUGCCACGUGGACACGGACCAAGGCAGAUUUAGGGAGAAGCACUGUGGUGCCGCCGUUUUUGCUGAUCAUCUGCGGAUUUAUUAAUACCAGGGAUCGUGUGGAUUUUUCUGUUCAUCUUUGAAAGGAGCUCACCGUUGCAUGUAUUGAUGGAGGACUGAGGCAGAGCUGGUACUUGCCCCCUCUCAGAAUGCUGGCUCUGACGGUGGAGCAGGGCAGGCGAGGGGGUGGUGAGAUCGAUCGCCUGCAGAAAGGGCCCAGCGUGGCCUGGCAGCGUCGGCAGCCGGGGAGGCCGCCUUCUCACGAGCAGAGUCUUAGCAUCAGGGAGAAAAUCUCCCAGUGGGAAGGUCGCAGUCAGGAUGCCGGCGUGAAAGCACACCCCCCGACCGUAUCCCGUACUCUGUCCGGGGACCUCUUGAGCAGGGCAUGCUCCGAUGAUGCGGCGAGAGGAGGACUUCACACAAAAGCCAAGCUCACAAAGGCCAAUGGCCACAGCAUAGAUUUACAGCAAUCUCCUGGAAAAACUGCACACGGCACGGGUGGUAGAAAGUCAGAACCUUUGCAGACAUAUUCCACUGAAUUCUCAGCCCAGUCUUCAGAAAAUAAACCUGCAGCACAGAACUCCACCGCCAACGGUGACCAAAAACCUAAUCGCAUCGUGUCCGGUGACAUCUUCUUUAAGCCUCUACCUCUAUCGGACGAUGACCACGAAGACAUGCCUGCUGGGAACUUCUACACCUCGCGGGGUUUCUGGCGAAAGCUUGAGGGGGACCGGCUGCUCUGGGAGAAGGGCAGGGGGUCCUCGGGUGACGCUCAGCCGCCCCCCAAGCCUCAGCGCACAUUUCAGUACCGGGGAGGCAGCGUGCAGUGGGAGGGCAAGUCUCCUCAUACCAACCACUCCACCGGGAAAAGCAGAAGGGCCCACCCUCCCAGUUUCCCACCUCCUCCAUGUCCGGUUGGAAAGAGCCAGGGGCUGUCAAGACACAACAAGAACAGGAAAUCUUUUGAGUACGAGGAUGCGGCGCGUCUCACAGUGAAGGAAGACCCUUCCGGUGGCGAGGCCGGGGACUCGGGGCUGUACCAUGCGUACUCUGAUGAUAAUAUUUAUGAGGACAUCGUCUGUGAGGCGAGCAGAGACAGCCCCUACGAGGACGUUAAGCUGUCGCCCAUGUGCCUCCCAAUUUCCAGGCCUCAGGUCCUGAAGCUGUCUCCUAAACCUCAAACGUUGCACGGCUACGCUAGCAAAGGGGAGAGGAAGAGAUUCCAGUCCCUCACACCUUCGAGAUUCACGCUAGCCGAUGCGUCCAAGCCAGCGGCACCCCGGCGCGCCAGCAUUCAGAAGACACCCCAGUAUGUUAACAAGAUUGAAAGCGUCUUCGACGACAAGCUUGGGAGGAAGAGAGCAAAGAACCAGGGAUUGUCAGCUCGAGAGGAGACCAGUGGGACCGAAAGUGACCCAGAGGACAACACCAAAGGCAGAUCAGUUUACAUCCAGUCCACGCUCAAGCGCCGACCGGGCUACCGCACCCUAGAGAGAGACCUGAUCCAGCUGCAGCAGCAGCAGCUCCUGCAGAUCUUCGUAGUGGUGUCGCUGAGAAAAGGCUCAUCAGGAAACACGUAUUCCCCAGAAAUUACACAGCAGUUUCCCAAAAUGUUUGAGAAGUCCUCCCGUCUCUCCAGAGAAGCUGAGGAUCAGCUUAAGGUCAUUCCAAGGUUCUGUUUCCCCGACUCAGAGGACUGGAGGCCUACCGCACACAUGCCAAGUGAGACCUUCUCCUUCGUCCUGACGGGAGAAGACGGCAGCCGGUGGUUUUGUUAUUGCCGUAAGAUCCUGCCCAGUGGAAAGGGGAAGAGGCUUCCCGAGGUGCACUGUAUUGUCAGCAAGCUGGGCUGUUUCAACCUGUUUGCAAAGAUUCUGGAGGAGGUUGAGAGGCGCAGGGAGAUUUCCACGGCGCUGGUUUACCCUUUCAUGCGUAGCGUGAUGGAGGCCCCGUUUCCAGCCCCGGGACGGACAGUCACUAUCAAAACCUUCCUCCCCGGCUCUGGGAAUGAGGUGCUCACUCUGUGUCGACCCGUGGACUCCAGAUUGGAGCAUGUGGACUUUGACAGUCUCCUGCAGUGUCUCAGUGUCGGGAAGCUCCUGCAGGUGUUCGCCUCCCUUUUACUGGAGAGAAGAGUCAUCUUCAUCGCCGAUAAGCUCAGCGUCUUGUCUCGCUGUGGCCACGCAGCACUGGCGCUGCUCUACCCUUUCACCUGGCAGCACACGUUCGUGCCCGUGCUGCCAGCCAGCAUGCUGGACGUCAGCUGCUCCCCCACGCCCUUCCUCAUCGGGGUGCUGGCCCCCUGCCUGCCACAGCUGCUGGAGCUGCCCAUCGAGGAGGUGCUCAUAGUGGAUUUGUGUGCCGACAAGUUUGUCAUUCAGCUGGGUGAUGAGGACUGCAUCCUGCCCAGCAAACUUCAAGCAGCCCUGCAGCAGAUCUUGGAGGAGAGAGGAGAAAUCCUGAAACAGGAGGCUGGAGACAGAUGUGGAGGCCAGCAGAGCGACCUGAGCGCCUUGCUGUCGGAGGCCUUCGUGCGUUUCUUCGUGGAGCUGGUGGGCCACUACCCCUUCCACAUGGUCGAGUUUCCCAACGGGAGCAAGGAGCUGCAGCGGGACAACUUCCGGAAAAGCCAUCCGUCCCGCGGCGUGCGCCAGUUCCUGCAGCUUUUCAUGGACACCCAGAUGUUUGCCGGCUUCAUCCAGGACAAGGAGCUGCAAAAAGGAGGAGGCCGAGGUCUUUUUGAAGUCAGAGUGAACGAGUAUCUGGGCUCGUACCAGGAGCCGGAGUCAAGUGGUGUAAACAAAUUUCUUAAAGGACUGGGAAACAAGAUGAAACUCCUACAAAUGAAAUGAAAACCGCGCCAACGGUCCUUGCUCUCGUCCAUAAGAGACUGACUUAUAAAUAACAGAACACUUGUCGCUGCGCAGCGGCAGAGGAAUGAAUGUAGGUCCGUUUGUGUCUGGAUGUGAAUGAGACGGUGAAGAAUCGGACACGAGACCAGUCUCGUCUUCCAGCCACGUUCGUACGUUUCAUUGGAUAAAAGCUGGACACACUUACAUGUACAGAAGAGCCAUGUUGGGGAGAGAUCGAAUACAUUCCGUCUAAUUAACCUCAGUAUCAAUGUAACUGUUUGUUAUUGUACAGAAACAUUAUUUUCUAAGUUGGAUUCAGUGCAAUUUUUAUGUCAAAUUUCAAUGUUUCGUAUUAACUGAAUAUAAGGUUGCAACCUGAUGCAUGUUUUACAUUUUGAAUAUUAAAACAAAUCACAUCUUGUCAAACUGUAAAAAAUGUUUACUGUGCUUUUAUGUGUUGGCAUAUAGAAUUAAGUUGAGGUUUAUCAACUCUGAUCAGAACGUCUGAUCUGUGAUCAGUGUUUGAACCUCGGUUAAAAUGAGUAUUUAACAUGUUGUAAAACUUUUGUUUCUCUCUUAACUGGAGUUGUACAUUUUAUAUUUUGCACAAUCUUUGUCACUCUUGUACGCUAUUGGGAAUAUUUUUGUAUUAAAGCAUGAUGUCUUUUGUACUUUUUAAAAUAAAUGGGUUUACAGGACA